CCCCCGCUUCGGUAUCCGUGAUACAAUGUAUCAAACAAGUUGCCAAACUUGUAGUAUUACCUCCAGUAGUUAUGGGAUACGAUGACAUAGAUGAUCAUGAAUUCAUCAUAAGUGAUGAAGAAAAUACUCCAGAUGAAAUAAAACGACCUGUAAUUACUAACAUUUUUGAUAAAGAAGUAAAAAACAACGCCCGUCCCGUCACACAAACCACAACAAGCAAUGUAUUGCCUACAACAUUAUCGCCUUACAAGAAUCACGAAAAAUAUAAAACAUCACCUGAUAAAGAUACUAAAAUGUCACCACCAGAUUCAUCGGCCGAUAGCGAUAGUAAUGAUGAAUCAACAUUACCUGCAAUAAAAAAGAGAGAAGAGUUAGACAAAUCAUCUCAUGAACAAGAUGUUACGUCACAAAAAGAUCUUCAUGUUGACAGUGAAGAAACUCAAAAAAGGGAUGGUAUUAAAAGUGAUGAUAUAGCUAAUUCUGAAUUGUUAUCUUCAACAUUACCUGCAACAAAAAAGAAAGAAGAGUUAGACAAAUCAUCUCAUAAACAAGAUGUUACGUCACAAAAAGAGCUUCAUGUUGACAGUGAAGAAACACAAAAAAUAGAUGGUAUUAAAAGUGAUGAUGUUAUGGCUAAUUCUGAAUUGAUAUCUUCAACAUCGCCUAUAGCAAAAGAGAAUAAAAAGGUACAUGAACAGGGUGUAACGUCGCAAGAACAGGUUCAUGUUGACAAAGAAGGGUCGAUACUAGAAGAUACAAAGAAAGAAGAUAAAGUUCAAAAGGAAGAUCCAGAUGAUGAUGAAGAUCACAAAAAGGCACUUCAUAGCGGUGUGUCAACAGAAUCUGAAAAACUUGUUCCUGUUGCAAGAAAUUAUUUAGUAAACGGUUUCAUAUGAUUUUAUAUUUCUUAGAGAUCUUUAUAUAAUAUUUAUGAACGUACGCGACGAAGAUUUUCCUAUAAGUCAAAAGUUAUUCUAAAUAUUUUUAGCAUUGACAGAACA